AUGACAGUAGAAAGUGAAACUGAAAUUAAAGAUAAGGCUGUGUUGGAGAACGAAUCAAACAACGUAGAGCAACAGAAACAAGCCGCAACAGAAGAUCCAAUAACCAAAGCGAUUGGUGCAAUCGGAAAAUGGCAGAUAUGGAUAUGUUGCAUCGUUUUCCUAGUAAAAUUUCCUGUCGCCUGGCAUCAGAUGAGCAUUAUCUUCCUGGCUCCACCCAUGAACUUUACGUGUUCAGGCAAUGAUGAAUUUGACAGCAAGUGUACAAACUGUACCGAAUAUAAGUACGACCACUCAGUCUUCGGUGAAACAAUUGUAUCGCAAUGGGAUUUAGUGUGCGACAGAGAGUGGCUAAAAAAUGCGACGCAAACAAUUUUCAUGCUUGGAAUCCUUGUGGGUAACAUGGUCUUUGGACAUCUAUCUGACAGAUACGGCCGACGCAUUCCUUUUCUGGUAGCUGUAUUCCUCCAGUUAUUAUCUGGUGUCACCACUGCCUACUCCGUCAACUGGCAUAUGUUCACCACACUCCGUUUUUUCUUGGCCGUCGCUACGGGAGGAACAAUGGUUACCAGUUUCGUCCUCACUAUGGAACUCAUUGGAACCAAAUACAGAGACACUGUUGGAAUCAUCUACCAAAUCCCAUUUAAUCUCGGGCAUUUAUCGUUACCCUUAUUUGGAUAUUUUCUACGAAGCUGGAACCACUUUCAACUAGCUAUUUCACUACCAUCAAUAAUAUUUUUGAGUUACUACUAUCUUUUACCAGAGUCUCCCAGGUGGUUGUUGACAGUUGGUAAAGAUGACGAAGCUCGCACGAUUUUAGAAAAUGCAGCAAAACGAAAUGGACGUUCUACUGACGGAAUUGCAUCGUUCACCCAAAAGAUGGCAAUGGAAGUGAACAGCGGUUCUAAUAAAGAGCGAGCGUCUUUCGUGGCGUUGUUCAAAACUCCAAGACUCCGGACAAGGACCUUAGCCAUCUGCUUCAAUUGGUUUGUCUGUGGAUUCUGCUUCUUCGGCGUAUCUCAGUAUAUAGGGCAUGUAUCAGGAAACAUUUUCAGUAACGUCGCUAUAUCGGCUGCUAUACUGGUCCCCGGUACCAUAAUUUCGAUAUAUGCUAACCAACUGCUUGGACGGAAGAUUACACUUAUGAGCUCCAAUUUCGUGACAGGCUUAAGCUGUCUCCUCAUAACCGUUGUUCCUAAAUCCGUCACCAGCCACUUGGUCCUUGGCUGCGCUGGUCUUUGGGGCAUGAGUAUAUCAUUCGCCACAGUUUAUUUGUAUGCCGGAGAACUCUUCCCAACUGUUGUAAGGAAUUCCGGAGUCGGUCUGUCUUCUACCGUAGCUAGAAUAGGUUCAAUGGUCGCACCCUUCAUAGCUACAUUGGGACAUAGAAAUCCAUGGCUACCGCCUGUAUUAUUUGGUAUUACGCCGCUGAUAGGGUCUUGUCUUUGCUUAUUAUUACCAGAUACUAGAGGAAAGAAACUGCCAGAUACCUUAGAAGAGGGAGAAGAGUAA